GGGCCGCCCGCCACUGCCCGGGUGGUCUGCCUGGAAGGUGCUGGCGGGCAGUGUGGGCUCCCAGAGCAGCUCGGAGGCUCUACCCUGUGGCCCUGAAGAGUGAAUGAGGCAGCUGUGCUGCACGAAGGGGGAGCGGAGGCACCCUCAGCCAGGACAGCAGCAGAGCCAGCCCGGGGAGUUCCCACUGCAGCAGAGUGCAGGCUGCCUGCUCCCCGUCCUUUUCCUUGCUCCUAUCUGUCCACAUCAACAGGGUCUCUGUUGUCCCUCCCGACGCUGCUAUCUGUCCCCUUACACUGCCUCCUCCUGCCUUUCUUGACCUUCCCUGGCCGCAGGAGUUGGUUGUGCUGGCUCACAGCUUCCCUGGCAUGACAUGCUGCCUACCUUCAUCAGGGCUCUGUGUUGGACUUUUUGUUAACCCCACCAGCUGGUAUUGGGAACCAUUCUCCCAAACAAUUCCCUACCAAAUCCUCGUUAGAAAAAUCAGGUCUCUUGAGUCCCAACUUUGCCACUGAUUGGGUUCUCAUCCCUGGGAAUAUUACUUUCUCCAUCAUAUCACCUUUGCCCCUGCUAGCCCUGAGCAGCAGAUGUGGGAGAGCAACCUGGCUGCCCAUGCUCUGCAUCAUCCUUCCUCUCAGAGCAGUUGUCCCUCUCGCUGCUCCUCAAGGCUAUUCAUUACCAAGUGAAACUCUGGAGAAUUGACAUACACCUGUUCACAAAAAGGUAUGAGAAGGUUGCAAAAUGCUUCCAAGGGACAACAGAGCCAUGGGGAUGAGUGGCAGUUUCCCAAGAAGAUCCUAAAUAGGGACCUGGAGACAUCCCACUCUGCCAGAAAUGCUCUGAAUGACUCUCUUAGCAUCUCAGUGCCCCAGCACCAGUGUCACAGUUCAUGUAUGUCACUUCAGAGACCUUGCUCUCGCUCCAUGUCUGUUCUAUCACUGUCCUGUCUGCAGGCAGGACUGUGCACAGAGGGGUGAAUCAGAGCUAACCCAGCAGAGAUUUGUUCCCUGAUCCAGCUGGUUGCAAAGCCGUCUCUUCAUGCUCGCUGUGUCUAAGGUCCUAUCCGUAAAAGGAGACUGAAACACUGUUUUGCCUUCACGACCCUUACCCUCUGGGUCAUGAGCCACAAGCAACCAGGGAGAACCUCAAUGCUGUGGCAAUGGUACAACUACCAUCCUGCCACCACAUCCCAGCUGGCACUUUACUCCUGGCCACUGAUUGUCCCCCAAAAGAAUUCACAAAUCUUCCUGAACUCCCAUUCCUACAGGCUCAAAGAAAUAAGCUUAGAGCUGAGGAGUGAAUGACAACAGAAAUGGCUCCCUGACAGACAUAAACAGUUUUUCCAAGUAAAGGAUGAACUGCUCACUUAAACAUCAAGGAGUAUCAAAUUUGGACUGCAACCAGGCUGUGUGAUGUGCUAUUACUUCAAAGUGAUGGCACUGCAGGUUGCACCAGGGAGGGGUGUCUUCCUUGCAGUUGUUGCCUUCCUUAAUUUGCAAGUGAGGGUGCCAGUAUUUCCCUGUCAUUUUGUUCUCUUUAGAGAGAAAGCCCCCUCUUUGAGAAGGGCUGACUAGCAGUUCAUCUGCCUUGCAAGAGACAGAGCAAAGAAAGAGGGUGAGCUUGGGAAUGAGAAGGAUGGAGGGGAAUGCAGAGUGAAGCAGCCAGAGACUCUACCAGGCAACACAGACACUGUCUGGGUAGAUAAUAGGACAAUGCUUGUUUCUAGCUGCCAGCUCUUCUCCAGCUUUGCUAAUACCUUUCACAGCCUCAUGGAAAAAGGAUCUCAGUGCCACAGCCUUGCAUGGCACAUCAUCCCAAGCACAGCCUAAGCCAGUGCAAUCAACUAGAUGAAAGAAUAAGCAAUUCAGUGGCACUCUGAAUUGCUCUUCCCUGCACACAGGGAAGCUCCCUGGUCCCAGAGAAGUUAAGCAGCAUAGGAGACCAAGGUCCUGAACCAGUGUCUUGCACCAGACCCUCUGGCAGGCUCCCAUACAUCUAUCUUUCCUGGUCAUUCCAGGCCCUGUGUAAGCUCUCCUGCUUCCCACACAUCCAUACUGUGAGGGGUACUCUUCUCUUAGGUGAGUACCUGACACUGCCAUUGGAAUUUGUUUUGUCCAUACCCUGAGGAAGAUCUAGAAAAAUAAGUAGUAUGCACUUCAGUACUGGCCAUCCCAGUUUUCCAGAGGAAAGCUCAUCCCUCUGCCAUUCAUGGAGCUCUAGAUUACUAUGAAACAGUAGAGUCUAAGCCAGACAUAAAAUUUGUGUGCUGCAUCUGCCACAAGGCAUAUUUGCAUUCAGCAUAACUUGAGGUCAUCCCUGUGAAACCCCCUCUGUUUCAGGAUGGGUCGGGGCAAUCAGAGCAAUCCAAUAGUCACAAAUGAGGGGCAGUGACCUUUUGGGUCCCAGGGAGUAGAACCAGCCUCCAGACAGCAGUAAAAAGCCUCUGAGGCUUUAUGAUGCUUUGGCUUGUGCAUUCAUGGACAUCAUGGACAUCAUCCUGUGGGAAUGGUCUCCUUACAGUGUUACUGCUUCAGGCACUGGCACUGCUGGUGCUCCCUGGGGAGCAUUCACUAAUUCCCAAGCCUGAAAGAGCGCGCAAGCUACAGGCUUGGUUCUUGAACAGUCUCUGCAAUCUCCACACUCAUGGUGGCCUUGGGCCAUACUCUGCUAACCACAGCACAUCCCUACAAACACUGCACAGGGGGGAGAACCCAGGCCAUGUUUUAUUCAAGAGAAGCUGUGUAUGGAAUAUUUGCUCAGCUUCAAAACUCAGAAAUAUGCAGACAGAUUUCUAUACCUGUGACAGAAAAUCUGGGUCUUCCAGACACAACUUUGCCUUCUGCUUGCAGCCCAAAUGCUUAUUUUGGGGGCAGGGAAAUGAUAUGAAAAGCCCAAGCACUUGGGAGAGCUGCCCUGUGAAAGACAGAAAAGAAAUAUGUAUCUGGGUCACUCAAACCAAAGAAGGAGGGGUCCCAUUAGAGCUGUCUUCAUAAAGUCCCCACCUGGGCACAACAUAGGAGCUGCAAAGUAGCUGUCACUGCCAAAAGCAUUUCCAGCUCCAUGCCUAGUAUGUGAAGUUUAUUCUAAGAGCAGGUACCAAAAGAGCUGAGAGCAGGAGAGGGAUAAAAAUCUGCAUGUCAGUAGUGGGGGAGCAACAUCUUGGCUUGUCCAGACCACGGGUUUGGAGCUGGAGCCCCACUGGUGGAAAGAACAUCACACCCCUCCUGCUGUCAGCUGGACCAGCUGGGAGGCAGAAAUCCUGGCUCCAUUCUCCCACAGAGGAGAAAGCUGGGGACAGAUGUCAUCCUCUUCUCUCCCCUAAACCUCACCGCCAGCAUCAUCAGUCCAAGGCAGCAUCUGAACAUGGGCUGUGGCUUCACUUCAAGGACAGAACGGGGAAGCAGGACAUCUCUUGCCCCCAACCAAGCCUACCUGUCCUUCAGGCAGCAGUGUCCAGAGGAAUCUGCAAUAAAUGAUGUGGGUCACAAAGCUGGGAACAGGGCUCUGCAUCUCCAGUGAUCCAGUGGGCCCACCAGCCAAACUUACAGGCUAGGCAAUGUUUCUCCAGUCUCUCACAUCUUUCCCUGUCUUAUGCCAGGCUCCUGCGUCUCACAACAACACAGAAUGACAGAGCACGAGGACUUCGUGAACUUGGCUGGGUACUGGAACUCCUCUGACAAUUACCAGUUCAGCCCUGCCAGGGUUAUUGUCCCUGUGGUCUUCUCCCUCAUCUUCCUCCUGGGCACAGUGGGCAACAGCCUGGUGUUGGCUGUGCUGCUGCGCAAUGGGCAGAGGGGCCACAACACUACCAACCUCUUCAUCCUCAACCUCUGCCUGGCCGACUUCUUCUUCAUCGUCUUCUGCGUGCCCUUCCAGGCCACCAUCUACUCCCUUGAGGGAUGGAUCUUUGGCUCCUUCAUCUGCAAGGCUGUCCAUUUCUUCAUCUACCUCACCAUGUAUGCUAGCAGCUUUACUCUGGCUGCUGUCUCUGUGGACAGAUACCUGGCUAUCCGUUAUCCGCUGCGCUCCCGGGAGCUGCGGACCCCCCACAGUGCAGUGGCAGCCAUGGCUGUGAUCUGGGGCCUCUCUGUGGUCUUUGCUGGGCCCUACCUAAGCUACUACGUCCUGAUUGAGUGGGAGUCCAGCUACAUUUGCAUGCCUGGGUGGGAGGAGUGGAGACGCAAGGUCAUGGACACCAGCACGUUUGCCUUCGGCUACAUCAUCCCAGUGCUCGUCAUCAGCCUCUCCUACACCAGAACCAUCAAGUACCUGUGGACAGCAGUGGACCCUCUGGAGGACAUAUCAGAGUCCAGGAAGGCCAAGUGGAAGGUAACCAAGAUGGUCAUCGUUGUAACCAUCCUUUUCUGCCUGUGCUGGCUGCCCUACCAUGUAGUCAUCCUCCGAUACCUCUAUGGAGACUUCCCCUUCAACCAGGCCACCUACGCCUUCCGCCUGCUCUCCCACUGCAUGGCCUAUGCCAACUCCUGCCUCAACCCCAUCGUCUAUGCCCUAGUCUCCAAGCACUUCCGCAAGGGCUUCAAGAAGGUUUUCAGCUGUCUUUUGAGAAAAAAGCACCACAAUAAGGUACAUGUGGUGCAUGUUGCCCACAUUGUGCCUGGAUUUGGGGCAGCUUCCACUGAAGUGUCCCAGAUGCACAAGGAGAUUAAUAGGCAUGAGAUGGACCCAGCUUCCGUGGCAGUGCCUUCUGGUUCCUCCAAGCCCCUUCAUAUUUCUUAGCGGCCAAACUCCAUUUGCCAGCUCAGCUCUGUCACCAACUUCAGGCCACUCUUUCCCACUGGGUGAGAGGGGAUGCUGGAAAGGCAAGCCAGAAACUGCUAAACACUGCUUCUGCCCUUGUCGUUCCUUCCCAUUCCAUGCACCAACAGUUCUCUUGAGCCAUCUCCCCACCGGAUGCUGAAUGUGAGGAAAGAAAUUGACCCAGGCUCACCCUGAUCCUCAAACCGCCUGGAUUCCAAGUAUUAAAGCUCCAGCUCCUGUCUGGGCUCUCAUCCAGCAGAAUUCCACUGCUCCAUGGCCCCACUGAACUGGGUCCUGUGCACAAGGGGAGCAGUUCAAGAUGGAGUCAAGGCUCAGGGGAGAAACUCAUGUUGUUUUAACUAUGUGCAUUUUGUUCUUCCUCCGCAUUAAAAUCAUCUCCCUCCGGGAAAGCUUUCUCAUUAAAAUGUUCAGAGAAAAGA